GGCGUCCCCGCCCGCACACUCGCGCAUCCUCGCGCUCGGGCGCACACGGAGCAGGCAGCGGCGCCCAGAGCGAGCCAGCGAGCGGCGAGCGGGGACCCACCGGGCGGAGCCAGCCGAGCAGCCAGCGAGCCGAGCCCGCGACGACCCACGCCCCCGAGCCCUGCAGCCGCCCCCCGCCGGCCGGUGUCCCCGCCGCCCUCCCUGACCCAUGGCGCUGAAGCGGAUUCAGAAAGAAUUAAGUGAUCUACAACGUGAUCCACCUGCUCACUGUUCAGCCGGACCUGUGGGAGAUGACUUGUUCCACUGGCAAGCAACUAUUAUGGGGCCUCCUGAUAGCGCAUAUCAAGGAGGAGUCUUCUUUCUCACUGUACAUUUUCCGACAGACUAUCCUUUUAAACCACCAAAGAUUGCUUUCACAACAAAAAUUUACCAUCCCAACAUAAACAGUAAUGGAAGUAUUUGUCUUGAUAUCCUGAGGUCACAAUGGUCACCAGCUCUGACUGUAUCAAAAGUUUUAUUGUCCAUAUGUUCUCUACUUUGUGAUCCUAAUCCAGAUGACCCCUUAGUUCCAGAUAUUGCACAAAUCUAUAAAUCAGACAAAGAAAAAUACAACAGACACGCAAGAGAAUGGACUCAGAAAUAUGCAAUGUAAAAUCAAAAAAUUUUUCAUAUAUACCAGAGUACUGUAAAAUCUAGGUUUUUUUCAACAUUAGCAGUAAAUUGAGCACUGUUUACUGUUUCAUUGUAUCAUGAAACCCUUUGAUUUUUACCCAUCUUAAAUAUGUUUCUGAAGCAAGACAAAACAAACUUCCAAAAAUACCCUUAAGACUGUGAUGAGAGCAUUUAUCAUUUUGUAUGCAUUGAGAAAGACAUUUAUUAUGGUUUUUAAAAUACUUGGACAUCUGCAUCUUCAGCUUACGAGAUCUACAGUGCAGCUGAAAAGCAACCAAAUUAUUUUUUGCUGAAACUAGAUGUUUUUACAUGAAAAAUACUGUAUGUGUUGUCUAAGAUGUCGUCAGUUUUAUAAAUCUGUAUUCAGAUUUCAUUCUUUGUUAGCUCACUUUAUAAUUUGUAUUUUUUUACUGUAUAGACUAAAUAUAUUCUAUUUACAUGUAUGUCAACUCAUUACUUUUUUCCUGUGAACAGUAUUGAAAAAACCCAACAGAUGAUAAUUAAAUGAAUUAACUGUGUCUCCCUUGUCUUAGGAUAUUCUGUAGAUUGAUUGCAGAUUUCUUAAACCUGAAAUGAUCUUUACACUGUAAUUCUCAAUAUACUGAUUAUGGAGAAACACUUGUUUUGAUUUUGUUAUACUUGACUUAACUUUAUUGCAAUGUGAAUUAAUUGCACUGCUAAGUAGGAAGAUGUGUAACUUUUAUUUGUUGCUAUUCACAUUUGAAUUUUUUUCUGUAUAGGCAAUAUAAUAUUGACACCUUUUACAGAUCUUACUGUAGCUUUUUCCAUAUAAAUAAAAUGCUUUUUCUACUAUUUGUCUUGAUUACUUAAAAAGAUAAAAAUUACUUUAACUAUAAGUAAAGGAUCAAAACUCUAUAUAAAAUUUUGCAUGAAAAUCAUUUCCAAAUUGUGAAAAUGAGGUCUGUUAUGUUUGGCAUUAAUCACCAUUAAUUAUCUAAAUCUUACUGUUUUAGUUUAGUAUCUCUUUAUUAAAUUGUCAGUCUGUAGGAUGGUAUAUCUUGGCCACUUGUUGUAGAAGAGAAUUUAGAAUAAGUUGGGGUUUGUUCUGGAUCACAUCUAAAAUAAAUAUGCAAAAGUA